GAAUCGUGGACCCAGCACCGCGCGAGCUCAAGAUCUGCCCAUGCGCGAGCAGGACUCGGCGGGCCCGGGCCUCGAUGGGCGACGCGAGAGCCUUCGCAGCGAGAUGCUGAGCUUCGUCCAGAGCUGCAACCGGGCCAUGGAUGGCGCAGCCCCGCGAUCGACCUCGGCGCCAGCGCGUGCGGUCUCGACACCCUCGGCCGUGGUCGCGCUCAUGCGGUCGUACGCAGCCUGGGCAUCUGCCCGCGACGACAACUACCUGGCGUACGUGCUCCAAGGCGAUGUCGAUCGAGUUGCCCGAUCGUGCGAGCUCGAGGCGGCUGCGAUUAUCGAUGCACUCGUGCUCGAAGCGACGCCGCACGACGCGACCAUUGCGUGGCUGCUGCACGAAGCGGGCGCGAUCAACUACAGCAGCUACCUCCUACGAGCUCUCUUUCCCCAUGGACAUGCGUCGACGCAUUGGCGCCGUGGCGUGCACAACCUCGUGUCGACGGUCACUGCGUCGGCCACAGACGACACCAGCCGACGCAUCCUCGACUACCUCGUCGCAUGCCUCGUAUCGCUUGAUGACGCAACAAAGAGCGCAGUCGCCUUGCUUCGCCCUGCCAUCGCUGCCAUCGUCGAGACCUUCAACACCUCGGACAAUGACAAAGUACAUGCGCUACUCAUCGACGCCUUCCGCCCCACAAGCAGCACGCAACAAUACAAGCCUUUCUUCGCGAGCAGCUCGUCCGUCUCGCAUCGCAGCCAUCUCCGACGCCAGCACGCAUCGAGCGGCUCGGCAGCGUCACGGACGUCACCGUCUUCCUCUCGGUGUUGCAAACAGCGGUCGCGGACCCCGCCGUCAUCGCCUCGAGGACCAUUCACCCCGGCUUGGUCGCCCUCAUCGGCUACUACCACCGAGAGGGCCCGCAGCUCGUUCUGCAGGUGCUCUCGCUCGCGCACGACUUGGUGGAGACCGGCCUCCAGGCAAUGACUGCUGAUGUGGCGCUCUACGGACUCCGAUUAGCGGCGCAAGCGUGCGUGGACGAGCCAGACAUCUAUUCCCGCUGGUUUGAAGUCCACUUUGGCGUCGCCAGCCACGCGUCACCGUCGUUGACGGCAACCAACACAGAGCUAACCCGAGCUGUAUCCGUGUGUCUUCGCCCGACUUGCGCUCUCUUGACGACGAAGCGGAGUCUCCAGUUCAUGUCGGCGCUUUUGACCGACGAGCUGCACGCGACGACGGACGCAAAGGCGAUUGAAAUGACACUCCGCGUCCUCAAGACCCACGCGAGCGAGUUUCCCGAGUUUGUCUGGACCUACGUGUCGCUGGCCCGGAGCCGGCUUCAGCAGCUCAAGGCCGCAGCCGUUCCAACCCCUAACGUAGCGGCGCUGGACAAAGCCCGAGAUGCCACGGCGACCGAAGUCGAGGGGUAUGUCGAGGCCUUCCUCGAUACCGGCCGCGUCUCGUCCAAGCUGCGCCAGCGCAUCUUGAUGCAGGGUAACGUGUGGCAAACCGUGCUCAAGCCAUAUUUGCUGCACGCCGAGAUGCCGCAUCAACUGCCCUUCUCGAUGCUCCUCGGGUGGGCGCAGCUCACCCAUGCGCUCGUCCACGAAAAGUCGAUCACCGAGAUCGAGUAUGCGCCGUUCGUUCAACGCGUGCACGCGCUUGUGACGCGCCGCGUCGCUUACGAGCAGACGCGACAGCAAACGCUCUCGAGCUUGGCGCGCGAGCUCGUCGCUACGUCAAUUUUGCCGGGACGGACGCCAUCCGCUGUGCUUGGCCGCAUGACGGCUCGCGUGCGCGGUAGCUUGCUCCAACCCUCCAUGUCCCUUGACACGCUCCUCGGUGACAUUCGCGCCGGAUGCAACGAGAUGCUGGCAGUACCAAGCGCGGAGUCAGUGCUGCCGUCGCUGCAUACGUUCUUGGUCGCCGUUGCGGCGCUGCCCAACGUCGACGCGCUUCAAACAGCCUUUCUCGCGUGGCUUCACACGGACGUCGCCACGCUGCGUCACGGCGGAUGGCUUCUCGGCGCCGCCGCGUGUGCCAUGGAUGACACGCCCGGCGCUAUCGCAUUGCUAGAAGCUCACAUUGCGGGCGUUGCGCCCGAUACGAUCGUCGACGUCUUUUGCAGCUGCUUUGAGUACACGGAGGCGAUUUUUCUUCUCUCCCAAAGCAAUGACGGCGUCGACGCGCGUGUCUCGGUGCGGGUCGUGCAGUUUCUGUACUGGGUCUCGCUGCGGCACCACUACCACGGCCUUGAUGGUCCGUCGUGGCUCCCUACGAGCAUCCGCCGCCUCGAAGAACGGCUGUUUGAGCAACGCGCGCCAGUGCUCGAGUCGGCGGCGUUCUUUCCCGUCUGGCUCGAAUUCGAGCUGCACGUCGGGCUCGCUUCACCCGCCUACCGCAUCGACUGCCUAGCAAUGCACUUCAUGAGCAUCAAGGACCGCGUCGACGCCGCCGCCAUCUCGACCGUCUGUAGCAUGGGCAAGGAGCUCCUUCGACACCAAGACACGUGCCACGCCACGGAUGCAUCACUGCCGCACACCACCGAGCACGACCGCGUCGCGAUCCACCCGUGCUGGACACGCACAAAGAAGCGCAAGCGACCGCACGCGGCUUGCGACGUUGGGCUUGGCGUCGCGCUCUUCCAGCAAGCGCUCAUAAUGGUCAUGAACCAGUCGAGCAAGAAGGGCAACCUCGUCACGGCCAUCGUCAAUGUGCUAACCGAGCACGCAACGAGUCGCAUCGCCGCUUGCACCAAUGUGAUACACAAGGCGUCGUACGUGGGCGUCUUCUUGGAGCUGCUUCUCGCGGUCGUCGUGCAUGGACAUAUGCAGCCGAGGGCUUUUUCUUUGCUGCAAGCGUUUGCGACGACGCACUUGGCCGACCUCGCGCCGUGGCACCCGCGCACGACGGGCAUCCUCCUCGCGGCCAGUCUCUCGAGCGGUAGCGAGAUGUCGUGGCAGCAGCUCCAGGAGACCUUGUCGCCCAUUGUGCUCGCAAGCGUUUUGUACUUUUGGCCCAUGGUCAACGCUGCGCUCGUGCCCGAGAGUGCGGUGCUGCCGCUUCUAGGCGAGCUGCAUGUCGACUUGGUACUCGCCACGACCCGCGGCGCGAUGCACCCGUACCCGACCGAGUGGCGUGCCUCGUUUCUAAAGCUCGCGCGCUUCUGGCUCGCGUGGGGCAUGCCGCUGGAUUUAUCGACGCUCGAGGCAAAGCUGUUACUGCGCGACGAACGAGCCAGCGCGAGAGUCGUUGAGGACGCGCACGCGGCGUGGGGCGAGUGGAUUGAAGCCACAGACGCCCACACCAAGUACCCGCUUUUGCUUGUGCAGCUGGCGGCGCGCAGUCUCGUGCUCCACCCGCGCGCGACGGGGCAAAUCUUCUUGACCGUUUCGACUGGCGGCUCGUUACGUGGCGCGCUGUGGGUGCUCCUCGUGGUGCAGCAGCUCCAUCCGACUGCCCACAUUGCAUGUAUUCAGCUACAUCGCGCAGCGUGGCUGGAGCAAGUCGCUAUGGCCUGUGCGACGUACGUGGAAGCAGCGACGACGUCAACGGCGACACCGCCCUGGCUCUUUGCGUGGGCGUCGGUGAUCGGGACUAGUGUGCCAACCUUCUUGGCCGAGACGGUGGCGGCCGGCGCCCGCUUGAACAUUCGAAUCGAAAACGCCCAAGUGCGGGACGUGAUGCGGCGUCUCCUGCCCGAGGACCUCCACUCGAGUCCGUCCGCCGCUACCGCCAGCAGCAGCAGCAUGCUCUGGUCCAGCACGAUGUAA